CAUUUACACCACUCUACACCCAAGUGGUAAAGCACGAGGAGGUACGGCUUUAAUUAUAAAAGACACUAUAAAGCACUUUGAGAUUGAGAAAUAGUCGGAAUUACAUAUACAAGCUACUAGUGUUCAUGUUAAUGAUGGGAACAAUGAUCUCACAGUUACGGCCAUAUAUUGCCCACCUCAAGGUGGUGUAUGAAAUUAAAUUCAUUACGUUUUUCCAAAAACUAGGAGACCGAUUCAUUGUCGGUGGAGAUUAUAACGCUAAGUACUCUCACUGGGGAUCAAGACUUAUCACUCCGAAAGAACAUGCUUUAUUAAAAGCAGCUAACACCAUUAAUGCUGAAAUAAUUUCUACCAGGAAGCCAAACGAUCCGAAUAAAAUCCCUGAUCUACUAGACUUCUUCUAA